UUGGGCAUAAAAAGAAUAAUCUAACCCCCCAAAAUGAAAAAAAUAGAAUAACAGUUGAAUUCAUCAAUGCUUCGUUUACUUGAAUGAACACUGCUGCAGUGGAGCCAUAGGUGGCGAUUUCCCGCUCCACUCUCAUUGAAAUUUCGCUAUUUCUGCUACGUAGAAAUGGCAGACAAAAAAUCUUCAUUUGAAUCCAACAAAGAAAUUCCAGAGCAAGAUUCUGCUGCUCUUUCGCUUUCUGGAUUUAGAAACUCCCUUGAUGAUAUUGUUCAGCAGUUUCAAGGACCCAACCCGUAUAACCAGGAGCAUAAGUUCUGGGAAAGCCAGCCCGUUGGGCAAUUUAAGGAUGUUGGAGACUCGAGUUUGCCUGAGGGCCCGAUUGAGCAGCCAACGCCGUUGUCUGAGGUAAAACAGGAGCCCUACAACCUUCCUGAAUUGUAUGAGUGGACUCUGUGUGAUAUGGAUUCAGAUGAGGUGUGCAAUGAGGUUUACCUUUUGUUGAUGAAUAAUUACGUUGAGGAUGAUGACAACCUAUUCAGGUUCAACUAUACGAAGGAGUUUCUUAGGUGGGGUUUGCGCCCUCCGGGUUUUUACCAGAAUUGGCACAUUGGGGUUCGUGUGAAGGCUUCCAAGAAACUCGUUGCUUUUAUCACUGGUAUUCCGGUGAAAAUGAGUGUGCGUGGUGAGGUUGUUCGAAUGGCUGAGGUCAAUUUUCUGUGUGUGCAUAAGAAGCUCAGGUCUAAGAGGCUUGCUCCUGUGAUGAUCAAGGAAGUGACGAGAAGGAUUCAUUUGGAAAACAUAUGGCAGGCUGCGUACACUGCGGGUGUGCUUCUCCCUACACCUGUCGCCACUUGCCAAUACUGGCAUAGGACGUUAAACCCGAAGAAACUAAUUGAUAUUGGUUUCUCCAGGCUCGGGGAUAGGAUGACAAUGAGCCGAACAAUCAAACUCUACAGAUUGCCAACUUCAACAGCUACCCCUGGCUUGAGAAAGAUGGAGCUCCAAGACGUUCUCUCAGUUACUCGAUUACUGCAAAACUAUUUGAGUCGGUUUGUUGUUGCUCCUACAUUUGAUGAAGAUGAAGUGGAGCACUGGCUUCUUCCACAGGAGAAUGUAGUUGAGAGUUACGUAGUGGAGAGCCCAGAGACUCAUAGAAUAACAGACUUCUUCAGCUUCUAUGCUCUCCCUUCCUCUAUCCUCAACAACCCGAGUUACUCUACUCUCAAGGCAGCUUACUCGUUCUAUAACGUCUCCACAAGGACUCCACUGAUUCAGCUGUUUCAGGAUGCUCUUGUCAUUGCAAAACAAAAGGAUUACGAUGUGUUUAAUGCGCUUGAUGUCAUGGAUAACGAGCCGCUUAUGAAAGAUCUCAAAUUUGGCCAAGGGGAUGGGCAACUGUAUUACUAUCUCUAUAACUAUCGGCUAAGGGAGGCGUUGAAACCAUCAGAACUCGGACUUGUGUUGCUGUGAAUCGCCGGGUUGGCAUUCCUUUUUCAAGAACGCCCAGACAAGUACCUGGCUCACUUUGUUCCCUUUUUGAGAAUUUUCAGUUGAAUGUUAUGUUUGCUUGCUGGCCUCGGCUAUGAUUUUUGGUUGCUCGAUUUUAGGUGCAUUUGAACGAUGUUAUACUUUUUUCUGCUGCAGACAUUUUGCAUAGAUGCAACUUGCGUAGCUAGAAUAUUGUUUCUGCUAACACACCGAUAUUAUGCACAUCUUCUUCUUCAA